ACAAGUCCAUCGACUCCUCCAUCCAAUUCUUCCUUCUCGCCGAAGAAAUGAGCGCCACGCGUUGUCCCGCUCCCAUGGCGACCGCGUCGGCAUCGGCGUCGGCGCAGGAGCUCGACCGGGAGCAGUACCUGCAGGAGCUGAUCCGGGGCUCCAUGCUGGACCCGCCGUCCUCCUCCUCCUCCUCGUCGCGCGCGGGCCGCGUGCGGCCGCUCACCGACGACGAGAUCGGGUGGUUCUACUGCGAGGUCUGCAUGGAGUGGAAGCUAGUGUUCGACCGGUUCCGCGUCUCCGACGGGUGCCCCCACGUGUUCUGCGUCGCCUGCGUCGUCGGCCACAUCGAGGCCCGCGUCGCGGAGGGGAAGGUGCCGGUGCCCUGCCUCCUGGCGGCCGGCUGCUCCGGCGGCGGCGUCAUGCACCCGGAGGCCUGCAAGAAGCUGCUCGACAUCGACGUGUUCGACCGGUGGUGCGUCGCGCUGUGCGAGCGCGCCGUCGGCCCCGGGCGCGCGCGGUGCCCCUACCGUGACUGCGGCGAGCUGGCGGUGCUCGAGGGCGCCGGCGGGGAGGCUGCACUGCGCGCCGCGGUGUCUAAGGCGUCGUGCCCGACCUGCUCCCGCGCGUUCUGCCUGCAGUGCGAGGAGCCGUGGGACGACCGCCACGGCGACAGCGACGCGCGGUGCUCGCUGACCCAGCUCGCCAUGGGGAGCGACUGGCGCCGCUGCCCGAGCUGCCGCGCCAUGAUCGACAAGAUCGAUGGGUGCAAGCGCAUGACAUGCAGAUGUGGCGCUGUCUUCUGCUACGACUGCGGUUCAUCCUUUAAACCGAGAAAAUGGUCAUGCAAGUGCAGUUCUCGCACUUCAGCUUCUUCUGAAUCAGAGCGGGGCGGCUUCAUCGACCUUACUUGCCCAGGCCGUCAGCUUCAUCUGGGGGAUGAUUGCUAAUGUUCUCUAUCUA